GUCAUUUUGGGCCUUUCCCUUCCUUUUCAAACAAGAUCUGAGAUCGACCAUCCAGAUUUGUAAAUAUUCUCCACUAAAAUGCGUUUUCUUGUGAUCUGGUAACAGGAUAUUCCCACUGGUUUGGGUCUAACAGGACAUCCUAAAUCCAUCUCAUCAACCCUGUUGUCUGAAAUCUACAGAUAGAUGGCAUCACCAGUCAGGACUGAAGGUGGGGCAGAAGUCACUGAGCCCACAGGUGAAGAUGUUCCAGAUGCCAAACCAAUCGACAACAGACCUCCAGAUUUAAAAAUCGGCUCGGAUGAACAAGAGUUGAUUGAGGGAAUCCAGCAAAUGUCCCCAGGUACACAGAAGAAGCUGAGAUUAUUCUUACAGAGGGUAGAGAAAGGCAGUGUUAAGCUUGACAAAGAUGGUAAACCUUCUACAUUUACCAGCAAGAGAGUAACUCAUGCCGUAAACCAGGCCUUUGCCAAUAGAAUCAGCACACCAAAGAAUGAGAGUGACAGGACAAAACAACUUAAUGGCUUAUUCAAACUUAUCGACAAUCUCAAAAAAAAUCCUUUACCAAGUGGAGUGAAAAUCAGUGAAAAGGCCAUAGAUGAUGACGUACAGAAAGAAGAGUUUACAAAGAUACUUGGAGAAGGAAUGCUUGGAAAAGUUGUACUUAAAGAAAAGGGUGGACAAACAGCAGCAGAAAAAUCAGUAUUCUUCGCUAGUUUCAAUAAAAAUGAAGUGCAAUGCAUGCUGGACUUAGAGGAUUCUGGGUACACACCUACUCUGUAUAAAGUCUGGCUUGAUGGGCAUGAUGUCAAGAUGCAAAUGGAACAUGUAGACAAAGGAACUACCAUGCAGGAUGUGAUAGACUGUGAAAAUGUUGGUUACAUUCAAGACAAGAAUUUAAAAUCAUUUUUUAGUAUCUACGUAAUCCAUGAGUUAACAAGUGCAAUUAAUCAGAUGCAAUCUAAGGGAUGGCAGCAUAAGGACAUGCAUGCCGGUAAUGUAUUACUACAGAACAAGGAGGGUCUGCCUGUUAAGAUCAUUGACUUUGGGAGUGCCACGUCUACUGACCCUGAUGACCCUAUAAGUCUACAAGCCUUCAGAGAUGACAUGAGGAACGCUAUACGCAUCUACAUUGCUCUAGUCACUGGAUACAUGUUCGGCAACAUUAUGGAAAUGAGUAAAGAAAAUGUAGAGGAAGUUCUCAACGAGUACACACAAGAUUUCAGUUUAGAUCAGCAGAAUGAUAUCAAGCAGAUUGUCUAUACAAUAAUAGAAGGUGGGAUUACUCUCGCCUCCAGGCUGGACUUUGAGAAGCUGAUCAAGUCUAAACUACCAAACACACCAACGAAGUUGAAGACUUUGGAGGAAGUAAGGAAGAAGUUAUUCCCUGAUGUUGAUGUGGAUCUUCACUCUGUGGAUGGCCCCCCUCAUCAAACAUAUGUUCAAGAUAAUAAGCGUCAGGGUAUUCCCGCAGCACCGCCACCCCCUCCUGCACUACAGCAGAAGCACCCUCUACACAGCAAGCAGCUAGGUGGCGGUGACGCAGAACCCUGUGAGGUCACAGAUUCUGAUGAUGUCACAGACUAUGCGUCACAGAAACAUUUGCAGAUAGCCACUGAUAGUUCUGAGCUACUUUCCAGCUCUGGGAGUUCCAUCCCUGAAUUGCCGGAUACAUUAACAUUUUGUGAUGUUGCUAUAGAUACGCAUGCACUCGAGGAGAUGCUGCUGAUGCAAAUGUGCACAAUUGCAUAG